AUGGCCUCGAGAGCUGCUUCUGGCCGGGAGCCCGGAGGCGCCCGCGGCGCAGGUGUUUGCAAGAGCAGGCCCUUGGACUUGGUGUUCAUCAUCGAUAGUUCUCGAAGUGUCCGGCCCCUGGAGUUCACCAAGGUGAAGACCUUCGUCUCCCAGAUCAUCGACACUCUGGACAUCGGGGCAGCGGCCACCCGGGUGGCUGUGGUGAACUAUGCCAGCACCGUGAAGAUCGAGUUCCACCUCCAGACGCAUUUGGACAAGCAGUCCUUGAAACGGGCUGUGGCUCGAAUCACACCCUUGUCCACGGGCACCAUGUCGGGUCUGGCCAUCCAGACGACCAUGAACGAAGCCUUCACCGUGGAGGCAGGCGCCCGGGGGCCUGGGUCCAACAUCCCCAAGGUGGCCAUCAUCGUGACAGAUGGGAGGCCCCAGGACCAGGUGAACGAGGUGGCGGCUCGGGCCCGGGCCUCGGGGAUCGAGCUCUACGCGGUGGGGGUGGACCGGGCAGACCGGGCGUCCCUCAGGAUGAUGGCCAGUGAGCCCCUCGAAGAGCACGUGUUCUACGUGGAGACCUAUGGGGUCAUUGAGAAACUCUCCUCGAGAUUCCAGGAAACCUUUUGCGCUGUGGACCCGUGCAUGCUGGGCUCGCACCAGUGCCAGCACGUGUGCGUGAGUGACGGGGACGGCAGGUACCACUGCGAGUGUAGCCAAGGAUACGCCCUGAACGCCGACGGGAAGACGUGCUCAGUGAUCGAUAAGUGUGCUCUGAACACUCACGGCUGUGAGCACAUCUGCAUCAAUGACAGAAGUGGCUUCUAUCACUGCGAGUGCUACGAAGGUUACACCUUGAACGAAGACAGGAAGACUUGUUCGGCUGAAGACCAGUGUGCAGCCGGCACGCAUGGUUGCCAGCACCUGUGUGUGAGGGACCGCACAGGGGCCCAUCACUGUGAGUGCUUCGAGGGCUACACGCUGAACGAGGACGAGAAGACGUGUGCAGUGCGGGACAAGUGUGCCCUGGGCUCUCACGGGUGCCAGCACGUGUGUGUGAGCGACGGGCCUGCGUCCUACCACUGCGACUGCUAUGCCGGCUACACCUUGAAUGAAGACAGGAAGACGUGUUCAGCUAUUGAAGAAGCACGAAGGCUCGUCUCCACAGAAGACGCUUGUGGGUGUGAAGCCACGCUGGCCUUCCAGGACAAGGUCAGCACGUAUCUGCAGAGACUGCACACCAAAAUAGAUGACGUUUUGGAGAAGUUGCAGACAAAUGAAUUUGGACAUGUACAUCGCUAA